ACGUUCAAAUCUUGGUGAGAGCCAAUCAGGAUCGUCCAGGUCACAGGUGCCGUGUUCGUAGCGGAAGAGAAGAUGGCUGCUGCGAGGAACGGAAAGAGCGGACUCCUGGAAAAAUGGAGAAUCGAUGAGAAGCCAGUGAAAAUCGAUAAAUGGGACGGAGCCGCUGUGAAGAACUCUCUGGAUGACGCUGCCAAGAAGGUGCUGCUGGAGAAAUACGGUUACGUGGAGAACUUCGGGCUGGUGGAUGGUCGUCUGUUGAUCUGUACCGUUUCCUGUCUGUUCGCCAUGCUGGCUCUGGUCUGGGACUACCUGCAUCCCUUCCCCGAGUCCAGACCAGUCCUCGCCUGCUGCGUCAUCUCGUACUUCAUCAUGAUGGGCAUCUUGACGCUGUACACCUCCUACAGAGAGAAGAACAUCUUCCUGGUGUCUCUGCAGAAGGAUCCAGCUGGGAUGGAUCCAGACCACAUGUGGCAGCUGUCCUCCUCCCUCAAACGGUUCGAUGACCAGUACACUCUCAGAGUCUCCUUCUGCGAUGGAAAGUCGAAGACCUCGCGGGAAGCUGAGUUUACCAAAUCUGUGUCGGCGUUCUUCGACGAGAACGGGACGCUGGCCAUGGACCAGUUUGAGAAGUGUGUUUCUAAACUUCACGACACGCUGGCGUCGGAGAAGAAGACCAAAUAAAACCAGAACAUCUGUGAAGUCACGAGGUGGCGUUUGAUUCAGGAGGAACGUCUUUGGUUUCAUUUCAGCCUGCGGAGAGAAACUCCAUCACCGUCUGAGUUUGUGAAGAUGACCUCAUCGUUACCUGUCAGUGCAGCUCCUGGUGAUGCGUUCAGGGUCGUUCAGAGAGCCGACUGCUGAACAGUCUGUUCCUUUGAUUUAAAUUAAACUUUAUUCCUCAAAUUGUUUCUCGUCUGAGUUUUCAGCUGCGUCCUGUGGUCUUCAUCAGAGGGUUUCUCGGUUGUCAUGGUGACAUGUUGACAGUUCAGUUGUUCACCCUAACACCUGAUGACCGUGACCACCGAGCGUCCGCAGAGGAAGACCACAUGUCUCAGCGUUUCCUCUGUCGUCUUCAUCAGGAGCUGCUGAUGGAUUUUCUCUCACGCUGUCGGCCAUUUUUAUGGAGAUGACCUGAAACCAAACGAAGUCCUCGACAGGAAGUAAACCGCUUCCUGUCAGGUUGUCAGCGUUCGCUCGCCUCGAAGCUUUUAGCCGCAGUAACGAAGAGUUUCCUCACAGAAUGAUUAGUGACGAUAACAUCGACUCUUCUGUUGUGAAACAAGUGAAUUAAAAAACCUUUUUAUAGUUUCACCUGACGGACACACCGUCACCGUCGUCUGUUGCUUUUAUUUUAUUUUCAUCUGUUUAUCGUUGUUGUUCUUUUAUUUUUGCAGCUGCAGCCAUUUUCUUUUUUAUUUCUAAUGUUUUCUGGUUUGAUGCUUUUCUUUGUCACAUGAUAAUAAAGUGAACAGCUUUGGA